GGGAUGCAGGUAAUAUAGGUAAACCUUUCGGCAUGACUUCCCUAUUUGAAGAGCAGGACUCAAAAAGCAAGGUUUCUGAGAGAUUCAUGUCAGAGGCAGUGGUUACUCAUCUCAAACUUUUAUUGCAUUACAUAUCCAGCAGAAAAACAAUGGAGGCAGGAGAACUGAGCAACUUUCCAUCUCAGCGCCGUGACUCUCCGAGCCCAUCCUCGACCCUGUACAGAAAAUCCCCCCUUCACCAUGCUGUGGCUCCGUUGGAUUACGAAGCCACACUUGGCCAUAGUCAGAAAGAGGGAUCUCAAAAACGUAAAAGAACUCCCUACAGAAUGGACUCCCAGGAUGAAGCAAGCCCAGGGAGAGGUGAGGAAACAAGCAGCGAAAAGACACCAGAGAUCAUCCAUCAUCAGAGCACCUUCCAGCCCUUAAGUGCAGUUCCCGGAAUGAUUGAGCUGAGCAGACUCCAUCAGAGGUCGAUAGGGUUGAGUCUACCUGUGCAGGUGAAACAAGAACCUCUCAGUCCUCCUUCCGUUUGGCCUUCAUCUCCCUACAUCCUCCCUCCUCCGUUCUUCCCGCCUCUUCACCACCUGCCAUACCCCUUCUACAUCCCUCGACCUGUCAUUCACUUCCCACCCCCAUCAUUUUACCCAAGAGAAAGCCUCCCAUCCAGUCACCAUCAGGGGUCUCCCAAAACUGCAACCACAAGCACUGAGAAACUCAACAUUCAGGUCGACGACAGCUACUACGUCGACGUGGGAGGUGACCAGAAGCGGUGGAAGUGCCGUAUGUGCGAGAAGUCGUACACCUCAAAGUACAACCUGGUCACGCACAUCCUGGGCCACAAUGGCAUCAAACCGCAUGGAUGCCACUUGUGCGGGAAGCUUUUCAAGCAGCUGAGUCACCUCCACACACAUCUGCUCACGCAUCAGGGCAUGCGCCCGCAUAAGUGCCAGGUCUGCCACAAGGCCUUCACCCAGACCAGCCACCUGAAGAGGCACAUGAUGCAGCACAGCGACGUCAAACCAUACAGCUGCAGUGUGUGCGACCGUGGCUUUGCCUAUCCCAGUGAGCUCCGAGCCCACGAGCAGAAGCAUGAGAAGGGCCAUGAGAACGUGUGCGUUGAAUGUGGACUGGACUUUCCAACUCUGGCCCAGUUAAAGAGGCACCUGACCGCCCAUCGUGGCCCCACCCUUUACAGGUGUUCUGAAUGCCAGAAGACCUUCCAGUAUCCAAGUCAGCUCCAGAAUCACAUGAUGAAGCACAAAGACAUCAGACCGUACAUCUGCAGCGAGUGUGGGAUGGAGUUCAUUCAGUCCCACCACCUGAAACAGCACACGCUCACUCACAAGGGAGUAAAGGAGCACAAGUGUCGUAUAUGCGGUCGUGAGUUCACCUUGUUGGCGAACAUGAAGCGCCACAUCCUCAUCCACACCAACAUACGAGCCUACCAGUGCAACAUGUGCUUCAAGAGCUUCGUCCAGAAGCAGACGCUCAAGGCCCACAUGAUCGUCCACUCCGAUAUCAAGCCUUACAAAUGCAAGCUCUGUGGAAAAGAGUUCAACAGAAUGCACAACCUGAUGGGCCACAUGCACCUGCACUCGGACAGCAAACCCUUCAAAUGUCUCUACUGUCCAAGCAAGUUCACCUUAAAGGGAAACCUGACCAGACACAUGAAGGUUAAACAUGGUGUCAUGGAUCGAGGGCUGGAUGAAAGAUUGUUCAGGCAGAGAGGGAGAUUCUGUCUCUCCUCUCCAGAGGGCUUGAUGAGCCACUUCAGCCAGAAGGAGCCUUUCGAUCUUUCCCAGAAACCCCAGGUCUUGCCCAGCAUUCACCUUUCCCAGUCUGAUGGUGAGAGCGCUCCCGGAAGCUCCUGUCAGGAGGAGGAUGAGGAAAGUUUAUACAGUCCGGAAAGUGAAGACAAACCUGAGCCACCGCUCAGAGCAGAGGAGGAACCGGUCGAAAGGCUUGGGAGAGAAACACUGGAUCUUCAAGCGAAGCAGACCACAGGCUCAGAAGCCUGUGGAUCUGACUCAGACCAGGAUGAUAUGGAUGAGAAAAGAGACGGGUUUGUCGACUGGAACCAGAGAAGACAUGAUGGAAAAUCGAGUCACGCUAGUACCGGUGUGAACGAAGACGCUGAGAAGAUGGAGAACGAAGAGCAAUAAAGACAAAUAUGAACACACCACUGCAAGCUUUGUAAAUAGUUGAGAAUUAAGAAAUCAUGAAUAAAAUGCAAGCAAACGCCAAAAAAACUGUGAAGCAAUAUAAUCAUAUAUUUUUGGAGACUUCAGUGUUUGUUUAUGAAGAUCUUAUUUCGAUUUGGUGGCAAAAAUCCUUGACCCAAUGUUCCCUAGAAAUGUGAUGUAAAAGGUAUUCUUUCAUUUUGUUUCUUAUUGUGUUGAUUUUUUUGAUGUAGUAAUAAACUCUGAUACAUGCGGUUGUGUAAC